AUAUCCCGGUUAUAAAAAAAAUAAAAUAAAAUUGGAUUAAACAGUUGAUCCGACCCGACCCGACUUGAAAUUGUGCGACUCCAAUGGAAUACAGAUUUCAGGAAAUUGCGUGUGCCGUAACCCGGAAAUCAUGUCCGAUAUGCCUAUGCCGGUUACACCAUGGGAGUGCGGCGGUAAUUAUCCCCUGUAUGCACGCCUAUUGUAUCCUUUGCAUCCGAAGAUGGAGCGAUGUAAAGCGAAAAUGCCCUCUUUGUAACGCUGACUUCGGCUCAUGGUUCUCCAAAAUUAGCUUUUCUUCCCUGACCUUCCGUGAAGAGAAAUUAUCAGCUCCAGCAGAAACUAAGAAGUUACACUCAGGGUUUCUUCGCUCUACGUUGAGUAACCGAUUGGCCCACCGAAGAGUGAUUAGGAGGAGGAGGGAAGAGCUGAAUGCUUCUGGCUCCAGAACGAGGCUGUUCCUAAAGCGGCGAUCAUUUGAUCAGAUUGUAGCUUUAAAUCCAGAUGAUAUUACUAGGAGAAUCAUUCUCUGGCGUUCCAGCAUAUAUGAAGAGAGAUUGCAGGCUGUUCUCUUUUCAUCUAAAAAUUGUCUUAUGCAGCACAUGGAGAAUAGGAGUACCAAAGAAAAGAUGCUACAGAGAGUAGAACCUUGGAUAAGAAGGGAGCUGCAGGCUAUACUUGGGGAUCCAGAUCCAUCCAUUAUUGUCCAUGUUGCUACCUCACUUUUUAUCUCUGAAAAUACACAUUCAACACAGCGGUGCGCGGGAGAUGAUUUUCUUGCUCCGUUGCGGCCCUUCUUGCAUGGACGUGCAGAAAUGUUUUGGCAUGAACUACGGUCUUCCUGGUGGUCUUAUAUUUUGGAGGCAAAACCAUAUCUUCCAAUACCUCCAGUGGUACAUGCCAAUCUCAUUUAUCGGGCACUGAAUACAGUGGCAUUUCAUAAGUCUUGAUUAAUGUCUCCUUCUUGUAGUAAUCAAAACAGUAUGAUUUCAUUUCCUUUACAUGUUUGCCUUUCAAAACAGCAGUAGCGUGCUCGCAUGGUAUCUCUUCAAACUGAAAUCUACCACCAUUGCAUAUUCUAUUAUCCAACCGAACUAUGUAUUUUCUUCUUUCUUGAUACGAGUACAACCUCGUAGAUGGAUAUUUUUUGAGCAUGUCAAAGGCAACCGAGAGAAGGCCCAAGCUUAAGUGUAAAUGAAUCCUGAAAUGCCCCUAUGUAUGCACUCCAUGGGCGGCCCUUUGGAGCCUUUUCAUUAAAGGGGCACUUUUGUCAUUUUAGUCUUAUUUUGUAAUGUAAUAUAAAUAGACCAACUUAGGGUUUUUGAGAGUUAGUUGAUUAUUUUUGAGACUUGAAACUUGUAUAGUUGAUUAUUUUUGAGACUUGAAACUUGUAACACUUAAAAUUUCUCUCUAAGUCUUGAGAGGAACACCAAAACCAAAUUAGGGCUAGGAAAGUGAAGAUUCAUUUGUAUUUGCAUUGUUGGCUUGAUAUGUUGGUGUUUAGAGGAGGUAACGUUCAUCUUGUGUCAAUGUAGGAGUUAGGUUUAUGUUGUGUGUGGUUUUAAAGGUCCAAGAGUGGAAUAACCUCUUGGAUUUUUAAGAUUAUACCUACAUUUGUCUAGCUAUCUAUCUUGUAUCUUGUUGUUUCCAUUAGUUUCUUGUUGUGUUAAUGUAACCCGUGAGUUUCUUCUUGUUGUAAUAUUAUUGUUCUUGUCUUGUGUUGCUAAUUUAGUUUGGUGGUUGGCCGAAAAUUAUAAUGUAAACACCACAUUAAUCAAUGUAUCAUCUCAAUUUGAGACAGGUAAUUUAAGACGGAAAGAGUGUAAAACAAUUUAUUUUUCAAGAAAGCCUUUUCCUUCGUACGAAACACACCCUAAAACUUUCACAUUAUAAAAUAAUUUUUUUUUUUUUAGAAAAAAAAAAGAAGAAAAAGGAAGCAAGUAGCGGAGUCUUUGCAUUUCUGACAUUUCAUAUUGGAAACCCUGCAUAAACCCCUCUUCUGAUUUCAGAGUAUUUGAUGAUUGGUUUAUAUUACCCAACAAAUCGCACCACCUAAACGGUGUGCUCGAUCCAUUCUCAUUUUUAUUACUCACAACUUAAUUAGAAGCAAAGUUUGAGAGUUUUUUGGGAUUAUUUUUCAUAUGUCAAUAUAUUGUUUUGCUUCUUCACUACCUGAUGCAGCUUCUAUGCAAAAGUUGGACAUGGACUCUGACAUUAUGUUUUGGGAUCUUCAAUUUGAAUUUGCUUAAUCAAUAUAAUCUAACUUCGUUUGUAAAAAAAGCAAAACGCAUUCUGAAUGCUAAACAAACCAAACAGCAUUUCCUCUCUUUCUUUGCUCUUAAAGUUUGUCAGGUUAGGUAAAAUUGUUUGGACUGAUUUUUCUGACAAAGGAUAGGUGAGGUAAAAGUUGCGGUGGUUUUGAGACGUGGAAAUAUCCUCUUGCAGAAAUGCAUGGUGAGGCUGCACACAAUGGGCCCUUGUGGUCUGGCUCUUCCCCAAACCGUGCGGAAGCUUUGCUGCAUUGGGCUACCUCUUUUUUAGCGUUGGUAGGUAUACUACAUCGACAACAACAACAUACCCAAUGUAAUCCCACAAGUGGGGGCUGGAGAGGGCAAAGUGUGCGUAGACUUACUUCUACAGUCUACUUGGGUAGGUAGAGAGGCUAUUUCCGAAAUACCUCUGCUAAGUGCAGUUAGUUAGUAGAUAUAAUAUAAUCAUUUUUUUUUCAGUUAAAAAUUCAGAUUGUUUUCAGGAAUUGGUGUGGAUAUAUCUUGCAGAUUGUUUUUUCAUUUUAUUUUCUCUGUGAUAAGUCUUGGUUACAUCUGUUAUUGUACAAUAUCCAUGGAUUUGAGUGCUUUACUCAGCUUCCGGACACAACUUUUGUAGAACAGAUUAGUUUUUACUUGUGAUGAUGCAAUUCUUUCAUGACUUCCCCUUCCCAGAGAGGAAGAUCUUGGAAUUUUUCGUUCGGUUUAGCUCUUCAUUUUCGCUUCUUUUGAGUCCCAAUACCCAAAUAAUGUUAGGAAGAUAAGAAAAAGAUUACAUUAGUCUUAACUGGUGAGGUCGUUUGAUAUCAAUAAAGCAUAUGUUCAAACAUUGUUACCAAAGGUUGCUCGUGCUCAUGCUCUAGAUAGAUGGUUGUCUUAUUUGCCUCUACAGGGCAUAGUUUUUCUUUGACGUGUUAGAGAGCACUAUGUACCUCCUUGCUAAGGUAACACUAGAUUUGCUUUAAUGUUUGUUAUAUUUGAUAAUCUUAUUGCUCCAAGUGAUUGAGGGCUGUUUGGGUUUGCUGUAGCCAAGUAUAACAUGAGUCACAGGGGUUGGUUCUCCGCUGAGACUAUUUUUCAAGUUUUGAAUUCCAAGACCAAAGAUGGUGACUCAGGAGAAGAGUGAAGUGAUUCAACCACCAACUGCAGUAGACAAGCAAUUAGAAAGUUACUCAUAUACUAAUUGGGCAGCGAAGAUACAAGAACAGUACCAGAAAAUCAAAGAAAAUGCAGAAACUUACCCCUAUGUUUGGGGUUCCUAUAUUGUUGUAUACGGAGGAUUUGGGCUCUGGUUUACCUAUAGAUGGCGAAGGCUUCGCAAAACUGUGGACCGAGUCCAAGUCCUUCAAGAAAGACUUUGCAAACUUGUGCAAGCUGAAGAGUCGACAAGUUCAUCUACAACCAAAGCACCCUCGUCUUGUGAUAAAUCAACAGAAUAAUUGUGUUUUCUCUUUUCAUUGACGUUGAGUUUUUAUGCAUUUUGUUGAAAAAUUGAGUCACGAAUGACUGCACUUGGUCCCAUAUUAUU